GAAAGCGAACAAUUGAGUGCAAAAGUGAAUCACGUCUUAAAAUCUGCUAAUAAUGGAAUUACCCGCCAAAAGUUUAGUGAUCAACAAAUCGUUUUCACUCGUGCCAGAGGAUAACGUAUACCGUGCGCAUCAUUCUGCACCGCUAGUUCCCAGGAAGUUCGACUCGUGCCGAGGUGGUACAGUGGAACAAAAGAGCGCUGCCUGCGUACGCACGCAAAGAAUUUCGACGUCGUCACUGGAGCUGCAAUUUCUACGCAUAAUUACGCUGCUUUUAUUAGCCAUGUCGAAUCGGGUGCGUUUGGACCAUAUGAUUGUGGCCAAUAUUCGCUGGGACUGAGAGAAGGAGCUGAGAAACCCAUUCGUGAACCGAGUGCCCCUCAGUGGAUUAUCUGUAUAUAAAAUCAGCAGUACGUCAUCGGUAGUGGUGUUGGUGUAAAUAAUACGCGGAACAUGCUUUCCGAACGCAACGUUCGUCACUGUCCUUCACACAAAACCAGUUCUCCACCGAUAAUGGGGGUAACGGAGUUCCGUUCGCUGUGGCCGGACAGCAUGAUGGUUGCCCGGGAAAAACCCUUUGGCGCGGAAAUGGACAAAGGUAAGGCGGCUCAGGCAACGGGCCCUGCGCAGGCCAAAAGCGCGGACUUCAGCCGCGGGCGUUCCUCGGGCAUAGUCGAGAACGUGUUGAAUGUGAUAACAAAACUGUGGGGCAUGACAACCAAAUCACAAAGCGUAAACAAAACGCCCGAGCUGGAAACGGGAAGCGAGUGUAGCUGCGGCAAUGAUAAAAUGGGCCACAAUACGUCCUCCGCAAUACCCAUCUUCGAAACGACCAAAACCGGCAUACGCCAGCUAACGGUGCCCCCGGAUUACGGCAGUUUGCCGGAAGAUAGCAACGCGGCCAUUGCGGGUAUUUACCUGCAAGAGGCACCACCCAGAAUGGAGCCCAGCACAACACGAACCAUGCCGAUGCGGAAGCGACGUCGACAGCCUGCCCACAAAACACAUUCUGCACCCGGCAGUGAAAGCGGGAAGGGUUGUGGCAACAAGAAUCGCAAAGACAAGAAACGGCACGAUCUGCGGCAGGACAUAGUGAACGAUAGUUUAGCUCUGGCGGCUGAAGACUGUUAUGGGUACGAGUAUCGGGAGGCGGACUUCGACUUCAGUCCUUCGUACCUGUCCUCAAGCUUCAGUCCUUCGUCCACCGGUAGCACGGGUAGCUUUCACGAUGCGAUACAGGACAUUAGCGUUCUGGCUGCCUGCCUGCGUCUCGCCGAUGGACUUUCGGAGGAAGCCACGGCCACCAAAACAGGCACCCCUACGACGGCAUCCGUUUCGUUGAUGGUUCUAAAUCGACCGUCAGAGUCUCACGAACACAGUCGAUUACUUCCCAAAUGUGAUAACCCUGAUCCGGAGGGGGGAUUUGUGAUGCUAAACGAAUACGACGUGUUUACAACACCCUCCGCCAGUCCCAUGCGUCGCCCAAGGAGCAUUUGUACGGCCAUCAACAGUUUCCUCACUCCGAGUCACGUGUGGCGUCGACAGAGCUCGGACGAGACAGAGGACGACGAGGUCGGUUGGAACAGCGAAGAGUGCUCGGAAGAUGGAAACGAGCCGGCAGAUUAUGAUGACGAUGAUGAUGAUGAUGAUGAUAGUGUGGUAUUCUGCGAGGAGUACGACGACAACGAUGACUCCAACUCGUCAUCUGGGUUCGAGGAACGGAAGGUUCGGUUCUGCGUGAACCCCGUGGUGCACGUCAUGAGGGCCUGGGACUUUGCCUACCGGCAAGCGCGCAAAGGAGAAUGGGAGAUGGCAGCUAGAGACCGCGAACGAUUCCGGAAACACAUUGCCGACCUAGAACCGGCACUAGGACCAGCACUAGACCCCGCAUUGCGUGACAGAGUUUACGCAGCUCGUUUUAAGAACGACGGUGACGAUAACGUACCAGCAACAAACACAUUACAGCCCGCGAUCGACGGUUAGCUUGCUAAACUACUAGUGCGCCACACUUAUCUUUGUUGUCAUUUGCCAAGCCUGAACCAAGAGGGAAAUCCUCCUCACAUUGUCCCAGAGCGGUGCGUUCGGUAAUGGGUGCAAAACUGAAUUUCGUGCAUUAUAUUCGUACCAAACUUUAAUGGUUUAGUUUUUCGAUAAUAUUGUUUUUCUCCAUAAUCUUUGUAGAUAAAUAGAAAUAUUUUUCCCCUCUACGCUAAGUAAGUUUGUUGAUAAUUUUAAACUGUGAAACAUGAUGUGAUCCCACUUCUGAGAUGUAAAACACGAUGUAAAACACGAAGAACACAGACACAGAAGAACGGAAGACGGAAGAAUUAAACACGUGCAAAAAGACAGAAGGGACAGAAACACAAGACAUCUGAUCAGGUUUACUUCCGACGAAGAAGUGUCAUUUUAUCACGUUGCGUUUUACAGAAGUCAUAUUUGACGAGCCUAGAUUGCUUACACACUUUGAGUUUAGGCUGCGCUACAGGAGGUCCACAAAACCAACAUAAAAAAGUGAACAACUCAUAAAGUCAACUGGCUGGUUUAUUGUACUUUUAUUGUAAGCUCGUUUUAUGAUCUUGGUACUACCCGGUACCCCACAAUAUAAUACAUGAAAAGUGAAACGUCUGGACUAAAUGAUCGAUCGAGGCCAGAACGUUAGAGAUCCGCAAAGUGAUGGGUACACAUCGACGGUGCUAUUCGGCUGUGCAUCUUGAAACGGGCAGCUUCGCGGAAGGCAACCGCCAGCAAAAGCACACUGACAACGUAGAGUGCGUACGGAAGGUACGGUUCUAUGUCCUUCAGAACGUAGAAAGCUGAAAGCGUCUGCACAAUGUACGGGGGCAGUUCUUUUUGAUGCUGUAAGGUAAUCGGAACCAGUUUAGAUGCCUAUCGAAUGCGAUUAGUUUUUGCAAAACUACUUACGUAUUCGAUCCAAAACAUUGGGAUAAUCAUUUCGCUGAAGCGUCUAAUUUCGGGUGCGUAUCCGGUAAGCAGCGGGAUGGCCAAGUUUGUCUGGGUCCGGGCGCACUGGUCGAGCGGAAUUCCGAAGGAUGGAUCCACAAUUGCAUAGCUCUCGUGUAACUCCCGAUUAGGUUUCAUUCCCGUUACUUUAUGGGCCAUGGUAAAAUUGCGUGCAUAAAAAUGGGGACUGGUAGCCACGAUCGGAACAUCUAGAAAACGAAACGUGGAAUAAGUGGUAACAAUUAAAAAAUCCAAAAUCACCACAUCGUAAAUUGUACUUCUUUUUGAAUUAACACGUGUAACAAAAGACUUAUUUGGAUCAUUGCGAGCACCACGGACACCUAAAAAUAGUUUGUUAUUCGAUUAUGGUUUCACCUGCCCUUCGGAGCCAACAUUAUGCGUAUAAGGCAGCAAUAAA